AUGGCCACCGGUAGUCGCAUCAUCCCGCUUAAAAUUUCCAGCACCGAUGACUUGUCUCCUUCUCAGGCUGUCGAAACACUCCAAAAUACUCACGGUAUUACUUCUAUCGACGUAGUCAUCGCUAAUGCGGGCAUAUCACAAUACUAUGGCAAGGUCUCCGAGACCCCUCUUUCCGAAGUACGCAAUCAUUUCGAAGUCAACACCAUCGGAGUUCUAACUCUCUAUCAAGCCACACUUCCCCUCCUCUUGAAGUCUCCAAAUCCAAUUUUCGUAGCUUUGUCAACAGCUGUCGCAAGUAUCGGUGCUAUGGAGAACAUACCAAUUCCAGCUACUCCCUACGGAAUGAGUAAAGUGGCAUUAAAUUAUAUGGUUCGAAAGAUCCAUUUCGAGAAUGAGAAACUUACUGCCUUUGUCCUGACUCCAGGGUGGGUAGAAACGGAAAUGGGAAACGCAGGAGCGAUAGCCAUGGGUUUGGAGAGUGCGCCGGUAAAAAUCGAGGAGAGUAUUAAAGGGAUGCUGGAGAAGAUUGAUAAUGCAACAAGGGAAGGAACAUCGGGGACUCUGCAAUCGUUCGACGAAACAAAAUAUCCUUGGUAG